AUGGGAACAAGAUGGACUUGCCCUGGACCUUCCUUACUUGUGCUCUUCUGUUAUGGGCAGCUCUUGCCAUGGCUCAGGACCGAGGGUGAUCAGAACUCAGACAAGCUCUACAAUGAGACCGUGGCAAAGGCCUUCCUGCAGUUUUAUGAGCAUACAGCCCAAGUUGUGUGGAACCAGUUCAUGGAGGCCACCUGGAACUAUGUCACCAACAUCACCAAGAAAAAUCGCGAGGAGAUGCUGGACAAGGACGUGGAGAGGCCCCAGCACACGCUGUACUUUGGCAUGCGGGCCCUCCUGUUUAAGAUCGCCAGCUUCCAGGACCCAGCCGUGAAGCGCGUGCUGAGUGAGCUGCAGAACUUCGACAGGGCGGCCCUGCCCAAGGAGGAGCUCCGGGAGUGCAGCCAGAUUGUGGCCCACAUGGAGACCACGUACAGCGUGGCCCAGGUGUGCCUGAAUGCGGGACCCUGCCUGCCCCUGGAGCCUGGGGAGCGCCUCCAAGAAGUCACGGCCACCUCCCGGGAGCAGAAGGAGCUGCUGUGGGCCUGGCAGGGCUGGCGGGAUGCUCUGGGUCGCCAGCUCCGCAGCACCUUCGAGCGCUACGUGCAGCUCAGCAACAAGGCUGCGUAGCUCAACGGUUACAAAGACAUGGGGGCCUUAUGGCGGUCCACGUACGAGUCCGACACACUGGAAGAAGACCUGGAGCAGCUCUUCCAGGAGCUGCAGCCGCUCUACCUGAACCUACACGCCUACGUGCGCCGGACCCUGUAUCACUUCUACGGGCCCGAGCUCAUCGAUCCGAGGGGGCCAUCCCUCCCUCCCCCUCCCCUUCCAGGCAACGUGUGGGCUCAGUCCUGGGUCAACAUCUUAGACCUGGUCCUGCCCUUCCCGGAGAAGCCCCCUGAGGACAUCACGAAGAUCAUGCGAGGCCAGCAGUGGAAGUCUGAGAAAAUGUUCCAAGAGGCUGAAAAAUUCGUCACCUCCCCAGGGCUGCUUUCCACCCCUCCUGGGUUCUGGAAAAAUUCCAAGAUGGAAAGGCCAACGGACGGGCGGGAGGUGGAGUGCCACGCAUCCGCCUGGGACUUCUACAACAGGAAGGACUUCAGGAGCUCAAAGUGCACCGAAGUGACCAUAGAAGACCUGCUCUCCAUCUUUCACCAGAUGGGCCGUAUCCAGUACUUCCUGCAGUACAAGAACCCCUCUGUGAUCUUCCGCGCAGGCGCCAACCCAGCCUUUGCAGAGGCCGUGGGGCCGGUGAUCACUCUCUCGGCCUCCUCCCAUAAGCACCUGCUCAGCAGAGGCCUGCUCAGCCACCAGCACCAGGACGAAGAGGAGGUCGGUUUCCUGAUGAACGUUGCCCUGGAGAAGAUGGCCUUCAUCCCCUUCGCCUACCUGGUGGACCUGUUUCGCUGGAAGGUCUUUGACGGCACCAUCGAGAAGGCCGUGUACAACCAGGAGUGGUGGAACCUCAGGUUGAAGUACCAGGGCCUGUGCCCCCCUGUCCCUCGGACAGAGGAUGACUUUGAUCCGGGCACCAAGUUCCACAUCUCUGCCAGCUUGCCCUACAUUCGGUACUUCCUCAGCCUCGUGCUGCAGUUCCAGUUCCACGAAGCACUCUGCAAGGCCUCAGGCCACGUGGGGCUGCUGCACCGUAACAUCUAUAACUCCAAGCCGGCUGGGAAGCUCCUGGAGGAUGUCCUAAAGCUGGGCUCGAGCAAGCCCUGGCCAGAGGUCCUGCAGAAGAUAACCGGGGAGACCAAGGUGUCUACAAAGGCCCUCAUGACCUACUUCAAGCCCCUGUUGAACUGUCUGGUCACCGAGAAUGUGCGGCGUGGGGAGAUCCUGGGCUGGCCACACUUCAGCUGUUCCUUUGAAGAGAAAGAAACAGACAGGGUGGCAUUCCUGGGUCUGGAGCUGGACCCUGCCCAGGCCAAAUCUGGGCAGUGGGUGUUGCUGGCCCUGAGCUUUGUCAUGUUACUGGUGGUCCUGCUGCUGGCCCACAGGCUGUACAUCCUGGAAAAAAGCUCACUGGCCCAAGACACCAGUGCGCGGGACACCAGUACACAGGACACCAGUGCACAGGACACCAGUGCACUCAAGUCACCACCCAAGGCCUACUUUCUAGGCAUAGCCAUGGAGCCCCACCAAGUUGUCAAAAAACAGUGGCUGCUGCUGGGCCUCUGCCUCAUCCUGAUGCUGUGCUCAAUCGGCCUGACCAUUCGGAUUUUCACACAGCACAACAGGAGGCCUCCGUGGAUGAGAGCUGAAUGGUGGAGCUGGGACUAG